UGAAAUUACUAAUUUGAUUCUAUAUGAUUUACUGAUCUCUUCCAAUCAAGCCAAUCUUUUACUUUUGACAUCCAAAUCUUCUCAGAACUUUAUCCUAGUAGAAUUUUCAUUGCGAUGGGUGAUACCGCCACCAUCCGUACUAGAAAGUUUAUGACCAAUCGUCUCUUAAUGAGACGACAAAUGGUCGUUGAUGUCUUGCAUCCAGGAAGUGCAACUGUCGCAAAAAGUGAAAUUCGUGAAAAGUUAGCUCGCAUGUAUAAAUCGACUGCAGAUUGUGUUAUGUGUUUUGGAUUUAAAACAGUUUUUGGUGGUGGUAAAACGACUGGCUUUGCUUUGGUUUAUGAUAAUUUGGAUUAUUUAAAGAAAUACGAACCAAAAUACAGAUUACAAAGGCUUGGCCUGUACAAGAAAGAAAAAGCACCAAGAAAGCAACGUAAAGAAAGAAAGAACAGAAUGAAAAAGGUUCGCGGUACCGCCAAAGCGAAAGUGAGCGGUGGCAAAAAGUAAUUUGGAUGCAGAGAUACAACUUUGUACAAUUGGUUGAUAAUAAUACACUUCCACUACAAAUAAA